AUUGCAGCAAAAAUUGGAGGAGAUGCUGGCACAUCAAUGAAUUCCAACGACUACGGUUAUGGAGGACAAAAAAGACCUCUUGAGGAUGGAGAUCAACCAGAUGCUAAGAAAGUUGCUCCUCAGAAUGACUCUUUUGGAAAUCAGCUACCACCGAUGCAUCAACAGCAGAGGUCUGUGAUGACAGAGGAAUACAAAGUUCCAGAUGGGAUGGUUGGAUUCAUAAUUGGCAGAGGUGGAGAGCAGAUCUCACGUAUACAGCAAGAGUCUGGCUGUAAAAUACAGAUUGCACCUGAUAGUGGAGGCUUGCCUGAAAGGUCAUGUAUGCUAACUGGAACACCAGAGUCUGUUCAAUCAGCAAAAAGACUACUUGAUCAGAUAGUGGAAAAGGGAAGACCUGCACCUGGCUUUCAUCAUGGUGAUGGACCUGGAAAUGCAGUCCAAGAAAUUAUGAUUCCAGCAAGUAAAGCAGGAUUAGUUAUUGGAAAAGGUGGAGAGACAAUUAAACAAUUACAGGAGCGGGCAGGUGUCAAAAUGGUCAUGAUUCAAGACGGUCCACAGAACACUGGUGCAGACAAGCCCCUUAGGAUAACUGGAGACCCUUAUAAAGUUCAACAAGCCAAGGAAAUGGUGCUGGAGUUAAUUCGUGAUCAAGGUGGCUUUAGAGAGGUGCGCAACGAAUAUGGGUCAAGAAUAGGAGGAAAUGAAGGGAUAGACGUUCCAAUACCACGAUUUGCUGUAGGUAUUGUAAUUGGAAGAAAUGGAGAGAUGAUAAAAAAGAUACAGAAUGACGCUGGUGUUAGGAUUCAAUUUAAACCAGAUGAUGGAACAACUCCAGAUAGAAUAGCCCAAAUCACAGGGCCUCCUGACAGAUGUCAGCAUGCUGCAGAAAUUAUUACAGAUCUCCUUCGAAGUGUUCAGGCUGGUAACCCUGGUGGACCGGGACCUGGUGGUCGAGGAAGGGGUAGAGGCCAAGGCAACUGGAACAUGGGGCCUCCUGGUGGAUUACAAGAAUUCAAUUUUAUUGUUCCCACUGGCAAAACUGGAUUAAUCAUUGGCAAAG